UGUAGAUCUCGAAGAAAGGGUACUAAUAGUAGGUGAAUGUGGUCCUAAGUUGGUGUUUAUUCCCCAAAAUGUAGAGUACACAGGAAGAUGGAGCCUUGCAGUUAAUACACAAAGGUGUCAAGCAGCAGCCAUGGACCCAAAACUGUUGAAGGAAAGAGAGGCCUUCAAGAAGAGGGCUUAUGCACAGCCUGUGGUAGAAAAGAAAAGGAAAGCAGAGAAGGAAAAGGCUGUAAAUAAAGCCAAGAAAAAAGUGAAGACAAAGCAUGUAGAGAGACCAAAAUAUGAUGUGGCUAAAUUGAAUUACAAGUCUGCCUCUGGAUCAUCUCAGUACAACUUUAGUGUCCUGGCAAAAAUUGUCAAGUUCAUGAAGACUCGUCACCAGCAGGGUGACACACAUCCCCUCACCCUGGAGGAAAUCCUGGAUGAGGCUAACAUGCUGGACGUUGGACUGAAGCAGAAAUCAUGGCUGGCAUCAGAGGCACUGCUUAACAACCCCAAAAUUGAGACAGUUGAGGGUUCAAAGUUUGCAUACAAACCAAAAUACAAUAUCCGCGACAAGAAAGGUCUUCUCCGUCUUCUAGAAAAGCAGGAUCUCAAGGGUUUGGGAGGGGUGCUGUACGAUGACGUCGAGGAAUCUUUGCCAAAAGCUGAGAAGGCAGUGAAGAAUCUCGGUGAUCGUAUAAUCAUCAUCACUAGGCCAGAUAAAAAGAAGGUUCUUUUUUACAAUGAUAAGAUGUACCAGUUUGAUGUUGAUGAAGAGUACCAGCAGCAGUGGCGCAGUGUUGCUGUGGAAGGGAUGGAUGAGAGGAAGAUUGAGGACUACUUGGAGAAGGCCGGCAUCACCUCAAUGCAAGAUAUGGGUAUUAAACGAGCAGGUCCAAUACAGAAGAAGAAAGGCAACAGAAAGAGGGGUCAAUUUAAGAAACUAAAUGACCAUUUAGAUGGCAUACUGGAGGACUAUAAUGCAACAGAGAGUAAAUGAGUGCCAUUACUUGUGAUCCAUAAUCAAACACACAAGUAAUAAGGGCCACGGUGUGGGUAUGAUGAGCAAUGUAUUACAUUGUUGAACAGAUAUUUUCUUGGGGAAGUCAAAAGACAGGGUUAACAUCAGAAAGUCUUGAGAUUACAGCAUCUCCGUGUCAUUGCAAAUUGAGUAAACUUGAGUGAUCUUCUGCAGCUGGCCACUUAGUGUUCAAGAAAUGUGGUCGGUCUGAUACAGAGGUGAUCACAUUUUUUGUUUGACAAAAAUGUGUGCAACUAGAGCUUUGUACAGUUUUACAGCUACUGGAAUCAUAUUGAUAAAUGUUUUUGAAAAGUUAAAAAUGUUUGUAGUUGAAAAUAAACUUGUUACUCGUG